CACGUUUUCCGAGCAAGCCGGAAGUUGUUUUUUUUUGGCUCCUCGUCACCAAAACAACGUUCGUGUGUCCGCUUCGCCGUCACGUUCAGAGCGCUGACGGUUCUGUGUUCUCGCUCUGAAACGCUUAGCCUGGAGCCGUCGACGGGACAGACUCGAACAUCGCCUUUAUUUAGACUUGAUUAAGCGGUAAUUGGCCCUAGCCUUUAGCUUAGCUCUUAGCUUAGGUUCAGCUCCAUGGCGUCCACAGCGGAGCUCCCGCAGCUCUGCCAGGAACGAGCUUCUUCAUCCCCCGUGUUUCACUCCGGAACUAGGUCGUCUGUCCGGUCCCAGCACCCACACCCGGCUCACUCCGGCCCGAGCUGUGCGAUGGUGGAGUCGGUGGACGACGCGGAGGGGCUGUAUGUGGCGGUGGAGCGAUGCCCCCUGUGCAGCACCUCCCGCCGCAGGCUCACCUGUGCCCGGUGCGUCCAGGCCGGAGACUUCGUCUACUUCGAUGGGAGGAACGUGGAGAGAUACAUAGAAAAGUUGGAGCGACUCAAGAGGCUGAAGGAGGAAAAGGAGCAGCUGCAGCAGAGAGUUGUCCACAACAUGGACAAGAGGCUUCUGUCUGAUGAGAUGAAAUGGAAAAUCAUGUCUUGUAAGAUGAAGAUUGAGCAGCUAAAGGAGGCAGUUGCUUGGGGCAGCAAGGAGGUGAAGAGCGAUAAGGAGCUCCUGCUGCUCUCUCAGGGGGAGAGCCAGCGGUUGCAGCAUCGAGCUGGUCGACACCAGGAGAAGCGGGAUAAAAUUGAGCGUCACAACCGUCGUCUGGGGGAAUUGCUGGAGAAACGCAGCAAGGAUCUGCAGAGCCGUCUGAGCCAGCUGGCAGAUCUGAGGCGGGAGCACAUCCUGGAGCUCACCACGCACAUCUUCCCCACACAGGAGGAGAAGCAGGGCAGCAGAGACCCAGAUGUGGUGGCAGAGUGUGACCUAGCCUUGACCUCCAGCACCGUGAGCGAGUUGGCAGAGGCUCGAAGGACCACCUACCUGUCGGGACGCUGGAUAUGGGAUGACCAGAACGGUGAAACAAGCAUCAGCAUAACGGGACCUUCUGUUACGUUGCCCAGCAAUGGAGACUGCUCUGCCUACUACACCUGGGUAGAGGAGAAGAGCUCCAACCAGGGCCCAGAAAUGGACCACAUUAACCCGGCUCACACCAUCAGUGCUGCUCUAUGCUAUGCCACUCAACUUGUCACCAUCCUGUCCCACAUCCUGGACAUCAACCUGCCCAAGAAGCUCUGCAACAGUGAGUUCUGUGGCGAGAACCUGAGCCGGUAUCGCUUCACCAGAGCUUUGAGCAAACUCAACACCAACAUCCUGCAUCUCUGCUUCUCACAGCAUGUCGAUAGUGAGCAGCUCCAUCCUCACCACAGUCUGCGGAACAUCAUGUUCCUGGUUUCCCCUGACAACAACAACCUGGGCAGGACGGGUCCGUUUGAGGUCAGCGUUGACCUAGAGGAGUCGAUGGAGUUUGUGGAGCCAGAGGCUGCAGGUCCGGCAGAGGAGAGCGGAGAUGAGGAGGUGACGGACGAGGAAACCGACCUGGGUACAGAUUGGGAGACAGUGCCCAGUCCACGGUUCUGUGACAUCCCAUCACAGUCCAUGGAUCUCUCCCAGAGUGCUCUGCAGGUGUCGCAGCCCUCUGCCAACACUGGAGGGAUGAUCUCAUCAGCCGCUGCCUCCGUCACGUCCUGGUUUAAAGCCUACACCGGCCAGCGCUGAUGCCCGCAACCAGCCUUUUACAGUCAUCCAGUUGAGAGGUCAACAGGUCACUAUUACGUGAAGCUGAAAGGCACCGAGAGGUUCCUCAGAUGAACAUGCCACAUCACACUAAAUGGUCGGCAGACAUUAGGCCAAGAGAAAUCCACCCAUCGGAUCUAUUGACUCCACACAGUUGCUACCAACAGGCUCAUCCUCCCCAUGAAAGUUUAAUGUCAAACUGAUGCUCCACAGUUUCAGGAGGUUCAAAUUACACAAGUAUAAAGGAGGAUUGUUGGUGAAAUGAGAGUCAGUCAACAGUAGCUGGGGUUUCAUGGGUAGUAAACGAUUGUCCUGGUGACUCGCUGUGAUGUCUGUGGGUCAGAACCUGGUCUUGGUUCCCUCCUCUCAGAUCCACAGGAGAAACACCUGGAUGGACCAAGACAGAAACUAGCAGAGUGAAGAUGUGAAUACUUUAAUAUCAUAAGGAUCAAAUCUGAACCUCCGACUGCUGUUCUGGCCCAUUGACCCUCCUCUGGCCUCACUAUAAAAGGAAUCGUUCGUUAAAAUGUUUUAGUUUUGCUUGUUUUCAUAUUUGUAUGUGACGUGAGAAACAAAAGGACUCCAGAACUUCAGUUACCUGGUGUUGGAGUUCAUUCACAGUGGACUGGUUCUGAAAGCAUUGCUAUUAACAGAUACCUGGUUGUGUUUAGAUGUGUUACCAUAGCAACGGUUGCAGCUGUUGGAAAGAGAAAGUAUUCAGAUGUUUUAUUUUCUCUGUUGCUAUGAAAGGUUUGGUUUACAAUAAAAGUCUGUUAUUGUA